AUGAUUCUCGCGAUGGCAAGUGCUGAAACAAAUGCCAAGGAUGUGUCUUGGCAGUACACUCAUAGAUACUUCUUCCAAGCAGCUAUCAAAGACCUCAAUACGGUCCCGGUAUCCGACGAUCUGGACUGUAUCCAAUGCCUUCUUCUCUUGUGCCUCUGCGGUACCAAUGAGCCGCAGUCAGUCAAUAUCUGGUACACACUCGGCCUGGCACUGCGUAUUGGUAUGGGUAUGGAUCUCCAUCGAGAGGAAAUCUCGAGUACCGGCCAAAGCCUACUAUCUCAAGAGAUGGCCCGUCGAAUCUUCUGGUGCAUUUACGCCCUAGAUCGCAGCAUCUCCAUAGCUAUGGGCAGACCUCUUGGCAUAAACGAUUCGGAUAUCACAGUACCUUUACCGCAGCAGUUGACAGAUGAACAGCUUUGUUCUACAGAAUCAGUACCGAAUCUCAAUCCAAACCCCAAGGAUAUGUCAAUUUUUUUACAUGUCAUUAAACUGCGACAGAUCAACAGUUCUAUUUAUACAUCUUUACAUGCCGCCUCCUCUGCAAAUGCUGGCAGUCUAGAUGCUCUACGCGAGACCCACUAUGCUGAUCUUAAUACGUGGCUCGUUACGGCACCUUGCUAUGGACCAGCAAGUGGUGUGGCCAUGCUGUAA